AUGCCUCGCUCUCAAAAGCGGAAUAUGAACAAGCGAACCCGUACUGGAGUACCUCAAAAGGAUACGGACAUCUUCCAUCCAUGCGCGACUUCGCUCAAGCUUUCAUAUGAAUACGAUCUGGAGCCUGGAGGUCUUAAUAAGAGCCUUUGUAACGCUCCUGUUGCCGCGAAACUUCGGGUGACUAUAAAACGAGAGCAUGUUCUGCGAUUGUCAAAGUUAAGGUCCUCCAAUCAUCGGUUGAUAUCGAAUUCCAAACACCGCAACUUCCAUCCCAACACAGAAAGUCUGCUAUCUAUGUACCCUCCAUCGUUUCCCAUGGGUAACGGUCUGACAUAUUGGUCUUACUCGAAACGUUCCCGAGCUGACAUCAAUUUUGAUGAUGAGCUGGAUACCGGAUAA